AUGCAUUUUCAGGCAAUUGUCAUAGUGGCCACUGUCUCCGCUGAGGUGGUAUUUGGCAGCCCCAACCACUACCACGGCCCUACAGCUAACCCACACAUUCUGCACAACGGAUAUCUGGCAGAUACCCAUGAGGUAGCAGCGGCUAAGAGCGACCAUCUUGCUGCUCUGGCUGCGCAGUCUCACGGUCAUGGGUAUGGAGGGAGUCAUGAACACAAUCAAGAUGGAGGAUACAUCGGUGAUGAUGAACACUCCAGCUCUCAUGGAGACUUGAGGUACCACGGUCCCACCGCCAUACCACACGUCCUGCAUAACGGACACAUCGCAGACACUCAUGAGGUAGCAGCUGCCAAGGCCGAGCAUUUCGCCGCUGUUUCGAAGGCCAAGGCUCAUGCAGGAUAUGGAAAAGACUACACGGGACAAUAUGGCGAUAAUUCAGGAGCGUACCAUGGAUACUUGAACCAUGUCACUCCUUACCACGGACCUCUCGCCAAGCCUGUCGUACUCAAGUCUGGAUACCUGGCAGACACUCGCGAGGUCGCAGCUGCUAAGCAACAUCAUAUUCAUCUGUUACAUUCUAGUCAUUCUAGUUAA